AAGCCCAGGUUCACCAGGCGCCACGACCCCUACGCCAUUACCGGUGACUGUGCUGUCCCCGGUGUCCACGAUGCCGACCGCAGCUACGGUUCCGGUCACGCCAGCGCCGCCAACCGUUCCACCGCCGACGGUACCGACCCCUACCAUUGCGUUGACCGUAUCAACAGUACCCACCGUCCCAAGUCCACCGACCGUGCCCUCGAUACCGCCCAUGCGCACAAUACCAACAGUAACCACGGUACCCACGGUGCCCACAAUGUCCACGGUGCCCACAAUGCCCACGGUGCCCACAAUGUCCACGGUGCCCACAAUGUCCACGGUGCCCACAAUGUCCACGGUGCCCACAAUGCCAACGGUGCCCACAAUGCCAACGGUGUCCACAAUGUCUACGGUGCCCACGGUGUCCACGGUGCCCACGGUGUCCACCAUACCGACGGUUCCUGUCCCACAACCGACGGCUCCGCGAGCAACAAUCUAUCCGGGUGGACCUCGAUUGGCGACAGAGUACUUGAACGUGUCACUCAACUGGAGUAUAUCGCCAUGCGAGGACUUCUACGGCUUCGUGUGCGGUAGCUUCACUGGGCCUUACACGAGCGUCUUCUCAAAUGUCGGGGUGUUCAUAGGAAGCGCGAGCAAAGCCCUGCUCCUGACCAUCGACGUGCCUCCAAGGAAUCAGACCCCCAUAGAAAAAGCGGCCGGUCUCUUCCAAGCUUGCUUACGACUUGCGUACAACGGUACUGCCAGUGAGGUACGGGGCGUUUCUUGAUAGCCUUCCCCCUGUACGUAAAGACAUACAGCGCAAAGCCUUCAGGUUCGCAAAAAAAAAAAAAAAAAAGUUCAGCGCGAUAAACGUCAAACCUCGAAAAAGGAACUACAUGCGCCCGCGCGAACUUCUUGUUCAAUGCGCGUGAAACUCCCGGUUCACGUGUUCUACAUACAGUUAUUUUUUUUAGCUCUGUGAUCAAAGCACAAUCCGA